AUGGCCAAAUCAACCCUCAUGUUCUCACCCACAUGCUCUCACCCAAAGAAGGGCUCGAGACAGUAUCCUCGACAUGAAGGACGUCAUCAGGCACCGGAGGAACGAAAGGCUGAAGUAAAUAGCCCCUUAGAAUUCUCAGGUUCCUCCAUUAAUGUGUGCUUGGUCGAGACUGAGAAAUACCUCCUAAGGGCCCUUCUUGGCAAAGACAGUACUCAAGGGCUCUUGAAUCGUAAGAAGCGAGAUAAUGGGUCUAGCACCGUAGAAGGUGUUGGCACCUCAGAAGGGGUCAAGCACAAUGGAAGGUGUCGGGCAUCGCAGAAGACAUUAAGCACUGUGUAG